AUCGUACUUCCGGGAUAAACACAACGUAACACUUUUUUUCCAUACAACUUUUAUGUUCAAAAUAGGGAUAAAAUGGUAACACUUCAGCGGCAAAGUCAUGAACCCUUUCAUAUGUAAACUUCUGUAGGAACAUUAUCCCUUGCUACAUUUUGGUAAAUGUUGAAAUUGGAUCUGUCGAUUGUGACACUUUUCGGACGGAGCCGUAUUUUGUCCUUAAUUUUUAGUGUAAAGAGAAGUCCAGCCAUGACGUAAUGAGAUACAUUCACAUUUUAAAUUAACCAUCAGUUUAAUGAUGGACAUUGAAAGGGCUCCUCGAGCUGAACUUCUCAAGACUAUAGAACAACAGAAAGAACUUAUCCAACGUCGUGAGCAGAGACUUAGAGAUGUUAUCACUGCCUAUAAGGGAGUAUGUAAGGAGAAGGAGGCUCUAGAGUCCAGUAUCAAGGUAUUGUCACAGGCAAAGUCAAGGGGACAGCUUGAUGUCCCUCACAGCAAAGGUCCAUCAUCAGAUACUGCCAGUGAUAGGGGUCAAGAAUCUGAUAGGGAGACUGAAGAUGGUAGUGCGGGAGAUCAGGAAUUUGUAGAUCCCCUAAAUGCAUCAAACUCACAGAAUGCUGUUGGAAGAGAUGAUGCCAGUUCCAAUGCAGUAGAUGAGUUGCAACAGCAAGUUGAAACACUGUCUAAUUCUCUACUUACUCUUACACAAGAAAAAUCCAAGUCAGAGGCCAACUAUAUAGCAGAGAAGAAAGUUAUUAAGCAAGAAAAUGAGGAGCUGCAGAAGAAAGUGAAGGACUGUACGGUGAAAAUAGAAAAAUUAGAACAUGACAUUCAGCAACAACAACUCGAGUGGAAGAACCGAGUGCGUACUCAACAGAUUGAGAGAGAAAAGGAGCAGACAGAUCAUGCUGUUAUGUUACGAGAACUACAGAAACUGUUAGCUAAUGAAAGACAAGCCAAGGAACAACUUGAACAUCAGUAUGAUGAGGUACAGUUCAGUUUGAAGGAGCAGGAGAGAUUGAUCCCAGAGAUAACCAGUAAACACGAGCAACAGAUUGUCUCUCUGAAAGAAGAGAUCAACAGUUUGAAUCAACAACUUAAACAAGCACAGCUCAAGUCUCUAGAACCUUCCCCCAUGCUGCUUAGCCUUCAAAAAGAAACUGAAGAUCUGAAGGCCCAGCACAAUUUGAUGAUGCAGGAAGAUGAGGACCGAGCAAAGGAUGUAGAAUUUAAGGCCCAGGCCUACAGUGUGCAGUGUGAAACCAGGAUUGCUGAGCUAGAGUCCAAAUUGUCAGAGCUAUCAGAGACUGUAGGAAACUAUGAAAGACUUCGGUUCCAGGACCAGCAAACUGUACAGAAAUUAAAGGAGAGAAUAUCUCAGCUUGACCAGGAGAAUACAGUACUUGCUGAAGCUUCCACUGCCAAAUCUGUCAAAGAUGAAGAUAUCACAGACAUUCCUACACUGGUUGAGAAAAUAACUGCUCUCAAAACAAAACUGAAAGUGGCAAACUCACAGACUGACCAGCCAGUCAAUAUAGGAGAGUUAUUGUUAGAUGAUUCAGACAGUGAACAUCCACUGUGUAAGAAAUACAGGGAAGAACUGGAGCAGGUCAAAGAUGAGUUUGAGAGAUACAGACUUAGAGCACAGUCUGUACUGAAAAACAAAAAGGAGAACACCUCAUCAAAAGAUGAAGAUAUUUUGAAAGAGCAUGUGAACGAGCUGCGUGAGAAGUUACGUACCAUGCAUAUACAACAGGAGGAGGAAAUUGAUCACUACAAACAGAGGGAGGAAAACCUCCGUAAAACAAUGCUCAUGUUACAGGAGAAACAUAAACAAGAGGUGACACAUCUACAAGCUGAGCAUCACUCACAGCUUCAGGAGUUUGAGGAGGAAAUAAAGAAACAACGAGAUCGUACUGUAUCCAUGCUGGCUGAGAAGGAACGGGAGUUAGAGGUGCUCAGGUCAUCAUCCUCACAGCGGAUACAGUCAGACUAUCUCAUGAGAUACAGGGCUAAUCAUGAUAUGGGCGGAGCUUCAUCAGAAAGACAGAGUACAGAGGAUGAGGCUGUUACAAGACUGUUAGCCACGCCUCCUUCUGGCCAAGGGGAGAUGACUCUGUUAUACUUUGCUCAAGAGCAAGCACGUAAAGACGUUGACAUUAAUGCUCUUAGAAAACAGAAACGGGAACUUGAACUUGCUUUGAGAGAUUUACAAGUGUCGUCUGCAACUAAACAAGAACAGUUAUAUGAACAGAUUGACAGGUUGAAAGAAGAAAUUAGGAAAUUAGACAGGAGUAUAAGUAGAGAAGGUGCUAACUUGGAGUACUUGAAGAAUGUCACAUACAAGUUCUUGAUAUGUCACGAUCCAGUAGGAAAACAACAAAUGUUGAACGCAAUUACUACAAUAUUACAGUUCAGUCCACAGGAAAAAACUACUGUACAAGCACAGAAUAGAGGCUGGUGGGGUAGUUCAGCAUAGAGGCUGGUGGGGUAGUUCAGAAUAGAGGCUGGUGGGGACUUCAAAAAAGAGGCUGGUGGGGAAGUUCAGCAUAAAUAUAUGUGUCUUUGCGGCCCCAGAUUCAUUAGUUACCAGAAUGUCUCUAAACAGUAUUCUGAAGGUCUUUGUUUCAAAUAAAUGACUCUGAAAAGUUUGCAAAUUUCUCUUUUAGAUGGUUUAACAUUUCUGUUCUAAACAUAUUUGCUGAAAUUUAAUGGGAAUGUUACAUAUAAAAAUUAUUGAGCCAGUUUUUAGCUUCAGAAUUAGUGAAAGUCUGACUUAUUUAGAAUGUUUAAUGUUUCAUGUUCUGAAUUUUUGGUGCUGAAUGCAGAAUUGGCUUCCAAAAUUAGAUUUAUUUAUCUAUAUAUUUAUGUUGUAGACCAGUGGAAGUUUGCUGGGUGCAAUACCUGGGGUAAUUACUUGUGUGCUUAAUUGAAACAAAUUUUGUACUUUCUGUAUCAUCUCUUUAUAGAUGGUUUGGAAAAAGGUUUUCCUAUUUAUAUGUUCAACUAUAGUUUUGUAGUAAAUUCAUAGCAUAAGUUAUAUAAUAAGGUUGUUAAUCAUGUUCAUAGUAAGCACAUUAGAAAGGGACCAAAUUCAUACUCUAUGUAUACUGUCAAACCUGUGUGAAAGACCACCUCCAAGUGAAGGUUACAACUAUAAAACCUGCAAUAAAGGCCACUAUAUUAUGUUCCCAUUCAACCAUAAAAUUGUGUGAAUUUAGCUGUGUAGAGGGCAGAGGGGACAACUAUUUAGUAUGAUGGCCUUUUACUUUCCCCCAGAGUGGUAUUUAGACAGGUUUGACUGUAUAAUAAAGUUAGUAUUGCUUUUAGUGAUUAUGAUUACCAUAUGGAGGAGAUAUGGUAAUUUGGAGAAGUUUAGAAUUAAAGAUGUGAUAAUUUAUAUAUCUACUAUACAAAUGAAAUUUUUGUGGUAUGAAAUCAGAUGGAAGUCCUAUAUUAUUGCAUAAUUUUUAUAAUUUAUGCAUGGACAGAGUUUAUUACGGACAGAGUUUAUGACAAGGGUUGACUGUUAUAACAAACUUUGGUACCACGAUAUUAUGUUUUGGUCUGUACUACGGUAUGUACUCGUACUGCAGUAUUUUCUCAUGUGAGUGUACUAAAAUAUAUCUAACUUUUGUUAAGAAAAUUGUCCUCAUUUUUAGCUCACCUGUCACAAAGUGACAAGGUGAGCUUUUGUGAUCGUGCCGUGUCCGUCGUCUGUCGUCCGUCCGUACGUCCGUGCGUACGUAAACUUUUGCUUGUGACCACUCUAGAGGUCACAUUUUUCUUCGAAUCUUUAUGAAAGUUGGUCAGAAUGUUCAUCUUGAUGAUAUUUAGGUCAAGUUCGAAACUGGGUCACGUGCCAUCAAAAACUAGGUCAGUAGGUCUAAAAAUAGAAAAACCUUGUGACCUCUCUAGAGGCCAUAUAUUUCAUAAGGUCUUCAUGAAAAUUGGUCAGAAUGUUCACCUUGAUGAUAUCUAGGUCAAGUUUGAAACUGGGUCACGUGCCAUCAAAAACUAGGUCAGUAGGUCUAAAAAUAGAAAAAACUUGUGACCUCUCUAGAGGCCAUAUAUUUCACAAGAUCUUCAUGAAAAUUGGUCAGAACUUUCAUCUUGAUGAUAUCUAGGUCAAGUUCGAAACUGGGUCACGUGCCUUCAAAAACUAGGUCAGUAGGUCUAAAAAUAGAAAAACCUUGUGACCUCUCUAGAGGCCAUAUAUUUCAUAAGAUCUUCAUGAAAAUUGGUCAGAACGUUCAUAUUGAUGAUAUCUAGGUCAAGUUCGAAACUGGGUCACGUACCUUCAAAAACUAGGUCAGUAGGUUAAAUAAUAGAAAAACCUUGUGACCUCUCUAAAGGCCAUAUUUUUCAUGGAAUCUGUAUGAAGGUUGGUCUGAAUGUUCAUCUUGAUGAUAUCAAGGUCAAGUUUGAAACUGGGUCACAUGCGGUCAAAAACUAGGUCAGAAGGUCUAAAAAUAGAAAAACCUUGUGACCUCUCUAGAGGCCAUAUAUUUCAUGAGAUCUUCAUGAAAAUUGGUCAGAACUUUCAUCUUGAUGAUAUCUAGGUCAAGUUCGAAACCGGGUCAGGUGGCGACAAAAACUAGGUCAGUAGGUCAAAUAAUAGAAAAACCUUUUGACCUCUCUAGAGGCCAUAUUUUUCAUGGGAUCUGUAUGAAAGUUAGUCUGAAUGUUCACCUUGAUGAUAUCUAGGUCAAGUUCGAAAGUGGGUCACGUGCCAUCAAAAACUAGGUCAGUAGGUCAAAUAAUAGAAAAACCUUGUGACCUCUCUAAAGGCCAUAUUUUUCAUGGGAUCUGUAUGAAAGUUAGUCUGAAUGUUCACCUUGAUGAUAUCUAGGUCAAGUUCGAAACUGGGUCACGUGCCAUCAAAAACUAGGUCAGUAGGUCAAAUAAUAGAAAAACCUUGUGACCUCUCUAAAGGCCAUAUUUUUCAUGGGAUCUGUAUGAAAAUUGGUCUGAAUGUUCAUCUUGAUGAUAUCUAGGUCAAGUUCGAAACUGGGUCACGUGCCAUCAAAAACUAGGUCAGUAGGUCUAAAAAUAGAAAAACCUUGUGACCUCUCUAGAGGCCAUAUAUUUCACAAGAUCUUCAUGAAAAUUGGUCAGAACUUUCAUCUUGAUGAUAUCUAGGUCAAAUUUGAAACUGGGUCACGUGCCAUCAAAAACUAGGUCAGUAGGUCAAAUAAUAGAAAAACCUUGUGACCUCUCUAAAGGCCAUAUUUUUCAUUGGAUCUGUAUGAAAGUUGGUCUGAAUGUUCAUCUUGAUGAUAUCUAGGUCAAGUUUGAAACUGGGUCAUGUGCGGUCAAAAACUAGGUCAGUAGGUCUAAAAAUAGAAAAACCUUGUGACCUCUCUAGAGGCCAUAUAUUUCAUGAGAUCUUCAUGAAAAUUGGUCAGAAUGUUCACCUUGAUAAUAUGUAGGUCAAGUUUGAAAGUGGGUCUUGUGCCGUCAAAAACUAGGUCAGUAGGUCUAAAAAUAGAAAAACCUUGUGACCUCUCUAGAGGCCAUAUUUUUCAUGGGAUCUGUAUGAAAGUUAGUCUGAAUGUUAAUCUUGAUGAUUUCUAGGUCAAGUUCGAAAGUGGGUCACAUGCCAUCAAAAACUAGGUCAGUAGGUCAAAUAAUAGAAAAACCUUGUGACCUCUCCAAAGGCCAUAUUUUUCAUGGGAUCUGUAUGAAAAUUGGUCUGAAUGUUCAUCUUGAUGAUAUCUAGGUCAAGUUCGAAACAGGGUCAUGUGCGGUCAAAAAAUAGAAAAACCUUGUGACCUCUCUAGAGGCCAUACUUGUGAAUGGAUCUCCAUAAAAAUUGGUCAGAAUGUUCACCUUGAUGAUAUCUAGGUCAAGUUUGAAACUGGGUCACGUGCCUUAAAAAACUAGGUCAGUAGGUCAAAUAAUAAAAAAACCUUGUGACCUCUCUAGAGGCCAUACUUUUCAUGGGAUCUGUAUGAAAGUUGGUCUGAAUGUUCAUCUUGAUGAUAUCUAGGUCAAGUUUGAAACUGGGUCAAAAACUAGGUCAGUAGGUCUAAAAUUAUUAAAAUCUAGGUCACUAGGUCAAAUAAUAAAAAACUAGGUCACUAAGUCAAAGAAUAGAAAAAACGACGUCAUACUCAAAACUGGGUCAUGUGGGAAGAGGUGAGCAAUUCAGGACCAUCAUGGUCCUCUUGUUUAAGUUUUGUCAGCUCGAUGUUGGCAGCAAACAAUAGAUUUCAUCCUGUGUCAGUUAUGAAUGACCGAAAUGACAUGUGAACUCCUUAAAUUAUUAUAUUGAAAAACUGAGAUUGUUUAUGAAAGUAUUAUCAAAAUUUAAGUUUGAAAUUACAUAUUUUCUUAUCUUUGCCUCAUACUGAUAUACUAGUAACAAUAAUAUCGGAAAAUAUACUUGUGUAAAGGAUCAGGUAACAGUUUGUCCUGAAAUGAACCAACAAUGGUAAUUACUAGCACUCUAAUACUACAAAUCCACAGGCUGCAGAAAAUAAAUGAGCCAUGCCAUGAGAAAACCAACAUAGUGGCUUUGCGACCAGCUCUCGCUUUCAAAGUCUAUAACAGUUAGAGAAACAGUUAGCGAACAGCAUGGAUCCUGACCAGACUGCGCGGAUGCGCAGGCUGGUCUGGAUCCAUGCUGGUCGCAAAGCCACUAUGUUGGUUUUCCCAUGACAUGGCUCAUAUGCAUUGUAUCAGCUUAUGUUUGCUUUUUCUACAUUUAUAUCUUGGAAAACAAAGUAUAGUGAGGGAUGAUGGUUGGUCAUGCUUUAAGUCUGUUGUUUCAUUACCAAAAAAAGCUUCUGGAGUGAUCUGCUUACACAGUUUAUAAGGGGUUCCAGUGAAACUUAAUAUAGAUGAUAACCAUGAAGUGUUGUUGUGUGAGACUAAUUAUUUCUUGGGUGGAUAGUCGGAGGUUGGGGUACCAUAGGGGGAGGAGCAGGGGCCAUGGGCACCCAUGCACCUUGUGAUUGCGUAAAGUUUGUGGAGCAAACUUCUUCCACAGUUAUAAAGAGAUGCCAAUGAAACUACAUAGAGGCAAUUACCAUAAAGUGUAGCUAGGCUUUAUGUAUUUUUAUUGGUUGGGCGAAGGUGGGGGUCACUGAGGCACCUAUGAAACUUGUUUAUUGUCUCUUUUUGAAAACAUUUUUGUCAAUGUUUUGUCAGAGGUUUCACACUUCUGUGGCUUGCAGUUUAGUUAAAGUAUUCUCGGCUUUUAUUUUGUUCUUAGCCAGUGUAAUUUUUAGGGUGUCAACACCUGAACUUGACAAAAAUGUCUUCUUUUAUCUGACAAAGCCGUAUUUUGGGGGUAUUAAUCAUAUUCAUUGAUAGCUCUAGUUAUUCCUGUACUGUUUGUUUCUCCAUUUGUGGUAAAUUUGGUCCUUUAUAUGUUGGUAUACUUCAAAAUACUGUGUAUUUAAAUUGUUUAUGAUUGAACAUGUUGAAUAUAGAAUCAUGGUUUUGUAUUCAGAUCUGCAUUUUAUAACCCAAGCAAGUAUAAUGUUGUAGAAGGUGAGCAGUAUUGGUAAUUUUAUUGUUUUGUAUUUAAUCCACUUGGAUUCUUGUUUUAUUUCAAGAUUCUGGUAUAAGUUAUACAGUAUGAAUACUGAAACUGUUUGUUGUUUUUGUAUAGUGCAAUAUUUUUGCUACAUAUAGUGACUUUUGAUGCUGUUCAGUGCAAAAAAGGAGAUGAGACAUGUUGUUUUCUUUAUAGUGUUUAGUACAAUUAUCAAACCUGUUUUACCACCAUAGGGAACAAUAUUUUUAUAAGAAAAUGGCAAUCAUAUUUUAUCAUCUUUCGAACAUUAUGUUAAGUCAAGCUGAUUAGGAACAAUUAUUUUCUUAUAGGUAAUGCUGCAUAAUUAUACCCCACAACAAACAAAGUUUGAGGGGUAUAUAGCAGUGGGUUUGUUGGUCGGUCGGUCGGUUGGUCUGUUGGUUUUCAUGGUUUCUGGACAAUGACCCAUGAAAGGCUUAACAGAUUUAAAUAAUUUUUGGUACACAGGUGAAAUAUAAUAAAAUACAGGUCAUGUUUGACUUUUUCAAGAAACCACCAUUUUUUUGACAAAGUUAUGGCCCCUUUCAACUUAAAAUUUGCCAAACUCAUGGUGUUUAGACAGCAACUCGUGAUAGGCCUGACAGAUUUAAUUAAUUUUUGGUACACAGGUGUACCAUCAUAAAAUACAGGUCAAGUUCGACUUUGGCUACAAACCACCAGUUUUCUGACCUAGUUUUGGCCGCUUUCCAACUUACAAUUUGCCAUACUUCUGGGAAAAGGCCAUAUUGUGGGGGUAUAAUUUGUCACUCCUGUGAUAGUUCUAGUUUAAAUUAAAUUUCAGGGGUAAUUUAUAGUAAUUAAUACUUGUUUGAAUUCUUUACAAAAACAAGUCUUCAAGUUUUUGAAACAGCUGUAAAAGAAUACUUGCAGGAAUUGAUUUAACAUACCAGUUUUGCAUUAGAGACAAGAUAUGCAUGCUACAGAAUACAUAGAUCUAUGUAAACAAUAUAAAUUCCCUAUAGAGAAAUGCUACUGUGAACUACAUACAUUCAGUUGAUUGAAAUCUCAUGAUCUUUUGGAAAUGUUAUAUUUAAUGAAUAUGUUCUAUUGAGAUAAAAAUAAAUUAUUUAAAUAAUGUU